AUGAAUAGACCAAAUGUUAAAAAUAUUGAUACACGACGUGUUGCGCAGGAGUUAUUUACAUUAACAUAUGGAGCAUUUGUUGCACAACUUCUCAAUGAUUAUGAAAAUGCUGACGACAUAAACAAACAGUUGGAUAAAAUUAUUGGUGUUCGGAUAAUCGAUGAUUUUCUAGCCAGAAAUCCUAAUAUUGGACGUUGCAAUGAUUUCCGAGAGACAGCCGACGUAAUUGCAAAGCAAGGAUUUAAAACUUAUUUGGGUAUUGUACCAACUAUUUCUAAUUGGAGUAUAGCAGGUGAUGAAUUUUCUCUCUUACUGGAUGGUAACCCAUUAACCGAAUUUGUUGAAUUACCUGAACAAUGUUCAAAAUUAAAUUAUAAUCAAAUGAUAUGUGGUGCAAUACGUGGCGCAUUAGAAAUGGUACAACAAGAAGUUGAAUGUCGAUUUGUACAAGAUCAAUUGAAAGGUGAUAGUAUAACAGAAUUGAGAAUUAAAUUUGUUAAACUUUUAGAAGAUGCAUUACCGGUUGGAGAAGAUUAA